AUGUCAUCAUCAAUGACCACUGUUAUAUCAGUAACAUUUGAAUCAAUAAUAUCACGUCAAAUUAAGUUUUAUUUAGUUUUAUUAUUUCAACUAUUAUCAGUCUUUUGUUCAUUACUUUUAUUUUAUCAAUAUUCUAUUAAUCGUCGUCAGUUGAAAUCAUUACAUAAUCAUGCCAUUGUUUUGCUUCUCAUUACUAGUUUCCUGUCAACUACAACAUCAUUGCCAAUGUUACAACAAUAUUUAUAUAAUGGAUAUGUAACGCCAUCAACUGAUGGAUUUUGUUCCUAUUGGGCUUUUAAUGUUUAUACUCUAUCAGGCAUUAAUCUCUUUCUAAUGGCAUUUCUUUCAAUUGAACGACAUUUAUUAAUAUUUAAGGGACCAAUGAUGUCAAAUAAGAAAAAUCAAUAUUUUUACCACUAUCUGCCAAUACUUUUCUGUAUUCUCUAUCCAUUUCUUUUCUAUCUCGUUGUGAUCUACUUUUAUCAAUGUGAAAAUAAUUAUGAUUAUGCACAAUUGCUCUGUGUUGCUCCAUGUUAUGCAUUCACAAAUAUUGGUAUCUAUGAUACAAUAAUUAAUUGUUGUUUACCAAUUGUGUUUAUAUUCAUUUUCUCAUCAGCAUUAGUUUUACGUGUAGUAAAACAAAAACGAAAAUUAAAACUACAGCCAUUUAAAUGGAAACGUGAUCGCAAAAUGACAUUACAAUUGCUGGUUAUAACACUCGUCUAUUGUCUUUUAUGGACACCGAUGAACGCUUGUACAUUAAUAGAAACAUUUUUUAUGGUUGAUACAACAUUGUUACAAGCUCAAACACUUUAUUUCUAUUAUUUUUCUUAUUUAGUUCCUAUUAUUUAUCCGUUUGUUUGUUUAGCAUUUGGUUCAAAAGAUUCGAUCAAACUAGCAUUUCAAAAGUUUAGACUAAUACGAUUUACACGAAAUACAAUUACACCUAUACAAUAA